ACAUGACGUUGGAUCGCUAUUAUUAAUUUUAUUAAUUAAUCCUAACCCACACCUCUAACAUUCCUCGGCUUUCCAUUUCCUUUGAACAUCUUCCUCCUCUGACUCUCUCUCUCUCUCUCUCUCCCCUUGAUUUUCAAGAUGAACGACCUGCUCACAGAUUCAUUUGUUGGUGAUGCCAAGGGUCAGCCUUCCAGAGAAAGCGAUAUCGAAAUGGGAACACGCGUCCCAGGGAACAACCCUGAUAUGGGAAUGGCUGCUUUCAAUAAAAAGGUAGAAGAGGCCGAGAAACAGGUGCAGAAAGUGUCCAUACUUCUUAAACAACUAAAGGAUGCUAAUGAGGAGUCAAAGUCUGUUACAAAAGCAUCCACCAUGAAAGCUAUUAAGAAGCGGAUGGAGAAAGAUAUUGAUGAAGUUGGAAAGAUUGCACGAAGUGUCAAAGGAAAACUAGAAGCAAUUAGCAAAGAAAACAUCGCCAAUCGACAAAAGCCUGGUUGUGAAAAGGGAACGGCUGUAGACAGAGCAAGGAUGAACAUGACAAAUUCCUUGAUGAAAAAGUUUAAGGACCUAAUGACAGAGUUUCAGACGCUUAGGCAGAGAAUCCAAGAUGAAUAUCGCGAGGUUGUGGAGAGACGAGUUGUUACAGUCACAGGAACUAGACCAGAUGAUGAGACAAUUGACCACCUGAUAGAAACUGGAAAUAGUGAGAAAAUCUUUCAGGAGGCAAUCCAUGAAAUGGGACGAGGACAGGUAGUAAAUACUGUUGAAGAAAUUCAGGAGAGACAUGAUGCUGUGAAAGAAAUUGAGAAAAAGUUGCUAGACUUGCAUCAGGUUUACCUUGAUAUGGCGGUAUUAGUCGAGGCUCAAGGAGAGAUCUUGGAUAACAUUGAAACCCAGGUUACAAAUGCAGUCGAACAUGUCCAAAGAGGGACAACUGUACUUCAAAGUGCAAAGAAAUUGCAGAAGAACUCCCGAAAAUGGAUGUGCAUUGCCAUUAUUAUUCUCUUAAUAAUAGUAGCUGUUAUAGUUGUUGGUGUCAUCCAACCUUGGAAGAGUGGCAAGGGAGCUUGAGUCGGCCCCCUUCUCUCUUGUCCAUGCGGUACCAGUAGUGAUAAUUUCCAAACCAUCUACGAUACUAAGCCGCCUGUGUUACAGCGGUUCUUACCUUUUGGUGUGCCUUUCUAUUUAUUUAUUUAUUUAUUGUUUUAAGUUGUUUUCAUGGUUGUGGUGUGCUUUGUGGAUGAAGGAUUUGGUACUCGUAAAUGGUGUAACUUCAUUGCUUGCUGAAAAAUGUUCUCUUAUUUUUUGCCCA